AUGCCGGAGACAGUUACCCCAAUCUACGAGAACCCCUUCCACCCGCCGUCAACGUGGUCCAGACCUCACCAACCAAGGUCCGCCCCACGCCAGACACCCGCCACGGCUCUCGUCCAAUAUGAUGCAGCAGUGCACCUCAGCGACCCCAAUGCGCCACUACAAGAAGCACCAUAG